CUGUCAUCAUCAUUAUUUGGAAAACUUGUUAGGACCAAAAAAAUGGUAGAAAUUCAUAGUGAAUCUGAAGAGACAAGUUUUAACAACAUUCGUAGAAGAAACAUUUCUACUCGUAAUUCUGAAAGGUUUCAUGAGAUAGAAACUAUCAAAUGGGACCAAAAUGAAGAUUUUAAUAUUUAUACAAAGAGAUUUUACGAGCUUGCUGACGUUGCCGGACUGGAUGAUGAACCUGAGCAACGUCAAGUAGAAUUAUUUUUGCAAUCUCUUCCACCCAGUCUCGUCAAUAUUAUUCAAACACAAAUUAAAAAUUUUCAAGUUUUUCGUCAAGAAUUUCAACCUACUUUAAAGCAAGUAGUUCAGAUUGCUACAAACCAUGUUGACGAACUUAGAAAUAAAUCAAUCCAUGAUGACGAAAUUAGAAAUAAAUCAAAUAAAUCUUUAUCUAAAUCACUUUGGUCGUUAUAUGAAGUUUUUCUCAAUUAUGAGAAAAUAGAACGCCGUUAUAUUAUCUGGCCAAUUUUAAUCUUCUUACUAGCGAGUUUGAUUUUUGCUCCAUAUAUGCUUUCCGGAAAUCCAGAGGACUCUGUUUUUCGAGAUUUUGCAAAAUCAACUUAA